CAAAUGUAGUGUUUACGUCAACUUGCUUGAGGUUUCGUUUCUCUUAUGUCAAAAUGGGAGUGAAAACUCUCAAGAAAACAAUGUGAAAAGCGAAAUUUCUCAUUGUAAGGAUGAAGGAAAUAUUCGUUAUGAUCGUGUAAUACAUACAUCGAGAUGUUUACCAAGAAAUCUCACCAAGAUGUUAAGAAAUCAACAGUCAAAAUACAAGAUUCUAAAAAGGAUUCUGCAACCCGACUAAAACACUUAAAAAUUGUUUUAGAGCACAUCGACGCGGAUGAAGCCAAAACAUACUUUGAGGCCAACUUCAGCCAUGUCUAUUUUAUAUUGUAUGACAACUUUAUCCAAGCAGAAAAUAACCUUCGCCAAAGAGAACUUCCGUUCCAUCUUGUUCAUAAAGCCGGAAGAGAAGAGCUAGAAGGGGCCUUGUCCCUCCUAGAGAAAGUAUUAUGCCUGCUGCCGGAGCUGAUCGGGAAACGAUGGCAGUUGCACUCCUUGACCAGGAUCUUCUCCAAGCUCCUACAUAGUGGCAACUCGCAGAAGUUGCGAGCAGAAUCGAUAAGGUAUUUCCUGCUCUGGUAUCAAGCGCUCGGUGACAAUGCUCCAGUGGAAGUCCACAAGAUGUUCGCUUCGCUGGUACCAGGGCUGCCGGAACCUUGCAUACUACCAAGCGGAUCACCACUCAAAGGAAAACCUGACCCGAAUGCACCAAACGAUUCCGGUGACUUCAGCAUGGAGGAUAUACUGCACCAUCCGAAUUUUAGCUCGACCACAGAUAAUGCCAAAAAGGUUGUAGUGGAGCAAACUACAACAGGUUUCAUGGGGAAACUAGCGAAUGUUUCAGCAUCUAUUUUCCAUGAUACAAACGCUUUAAACCCAGUCCAGUGUGUGGAGGUUCAGCCGCUACUGCCGCCAAGUGCCAAUGAGAAAGCUAUUGACAAUGAAACAAAGCAUUUUUUUGAAAUACUACUGGAAGGAAUGGCGUCAUCGGUGACGAAGAUCCAUUGGAAGGACCGGUCGCACGCGAAGUGUAUGAGGAGUUUUGCGUUUUUGCUGGAGAGGUUUAAGAUGUAUUAUCUGCCUGUCAUCUGUCCACAAUAUAACAGCAAGAAUUCAUUGUAUAAACCGAAUUUAGAACUGCCAGUCCAACACAACAUACUCGACGACGACUACGUCUUAUGCCGCGUGAUCCUCAUCAAAUGGGUGGCCAACUACGCCCACUUCCUCAAGAAGACCGGAAGUGAUGGUGGCCAACCAUCAUCCAUGACCAGCACGGGGUCGCACGUGCCGCAUUCGAAUACUCCGACGCCGGCAGCGUCGUUGCAUCAUGAGGAAGAGACGUCGUUCACUGUGGGGCAACCUUCAGACUCUAGCCGAGCUUCCUCUCAUGACUCUGCAUCUAAUACCCCGCAUCCUAGCUUGGAACCAGGUUGCCCAGCGGAAGAAUUAUGCAGCUCAGCAGUUGUCCGCGACGUGCUAUGCGGCUGGUCGCGCGAGCACGUCGACUUCACAGUGGAAGUACUGCGCCAAGCCUUCCUGUUGCCGUUCGCUCACGCCGGGGCCGCGCGUCGUGUCAUCGCGCUUUAUAAGGACUGGAUACAGAUGAACGUAUCCGAGAUCCCGCCGUUCCUGCUAGAAAACACAUAUGAGCCAAAUGAGCCGGCCGCGCCACCGCGACGACUCCGGAACGAUUCGUACCUUGGCGCCGUCGGCCGAGAUAAUGUUAUGGUGCGCGCCGGGCUUCAAAACGUUCUACAAGUAUUCAUGACGCAAGCGGCCAAUGUGUUCCUAGCGAGUUCCUCGCCAGUGGCGCCGCCUGGCGGGCUCGGACAGCAACAGCUGCUGGAAGAGCAGACGGACACGUGCAAGCGAGUGCUCAACAUCUACCGCUACAUGGUCAUGCACGUAGCCAUGGACGCCGGCUCGUGGGAACAACUAUUGCUGGUUUUGCUUCAAAUAACGUCGCUCGUACUUACCAAAGUACCACCAAAGAGAAAACAAGAAUCGCUAGGUGGAUUUUUAGCACCAGCGUUAUUCCAAACGUUAAUAGUGACGUGGAUAAAAGCGAAUUUAAAUGUGGCAGUCAAACAAGAGUUGUGGCAGAAUUUCAUGGAACUAUUGACUAGGUUGACGCACUGGGAGGAACUGAUAACAGAAUGGGCGAAAACAAUGGAAACCCUAACACGAGUGUUAGCCCGGCACGUGUACUCGCUGGACCUGUCGGAGAGCAGCGAGCCGCGCGGCCGCGGGCGGGACGGGCGGGACGGGCGGGAGGGGCGGGGCGAGCGCCGCGCCACGCCCGCGCCCGCGCCGCACAGGCAGGCGCCGCCGCCGCAGCAGCCCGAGGGACGGUCGCUUGGCAAAUCACCAAAGCUGUCGGCGGGCGCGACCCGACGAGCGGAGGCGGGCGCGCGGCGCCUCACGCGGGCGCGCUCCGACCCGCACCUGCACAAGCACGCGCCCACCCACACGCACACAGCAGAAGAAACCAAAGAACCGACCAGCAACAACAAACCCCGGAGAUGGUACUCACUUGACUCGCUGCGACACUCGUCGCAGCACGAAGAAAGAGACUCCGCCAGUGAAUCUCGGUCUCCGUCGCCAGCUCCAUCGAGCGGCGUGGAAAGCAGUUCGAUGAAGGAUUCGCCACUGCAGAUAGAUUUAGCGUCCGACGGCGGGAAUGUCGAAUGGUCAGAAAACGAAACGACAGACAGCUUAGCCGGGUCGGCCGGCGUCGGCGUCGUGAUGGGCGGCGGCGCCCGCGGCUGGCUGCCCGACGUGGCCGCCGUCAUGUGGCGCCGCAUGCUGGCCGCGCUGGGCGACCCCAACCUGCUGCGCGACCCGCAGGCGCACAAGAACCUCUACAAGUACCUCAUACACCUCAACACUACUCUACUGAAGAUAAGCCAAAACCAGACGCUAAAUGGCAACACCGAGAUUCACGUGCCCUUCAACCUGGUGGCAGGAUGGUGCCUCGAGGCGGAGGCGCUGCCGCCUUCACACAGGGCUGGCAAACUCCUGGCGCUACGACUAUUGUGCGAGAGCACGCAAGCGCAAGCCCAAGGUCCGGGCGCGCCGUCGUCGUGCAACAACCGGCUCCAUCUCGCACACCUGCAUCUGUACCAGCGCGCGCUCCACCACGGCCUGACGGGCGAGGAUCGCUCUGUGGUCGACGUGCUGGUCGAGUACGCCGCGCCCCGCUACCUGUCCCUGGCUCUCGACGGCUACUCGCUGCUGCUGCUCGACUUCGUGCAUGCGUCCACGGUCGUGCUGAACUCCUCCGACAUGGGGCCCACGUGUCCGCGAACAGCGGCGGUGACGUUCCUAGGCUCACUGCUCGCGCUACCCGACUCCCUAAUGAAUGCGCCCAUGUUACAACCGUACCCGCAUCAAUACAACACCGUCUCAUGUCCGGAUCUCAAGGAGCACGUGCUAAACAUAGUGGUCCGCGUGUGCCGGCGGGAGGGCGCGGCCGCGGCGCGCUGCUGCGGCGCGUGCGCGCUCACCGCCCACGUGUGCCGCCUGCUGGCCGCCCGCCAGCGCUGCCCGCGCCUGCCGGCCAUCGUCACCUGCCUGCUGCAGAUGCUCAUGAUGAAAAACAAGCACAUCGCGAAAGUGGUCAGCGACUGCAUACUGGUGUUAGCCGACUACACGGACCGCAUAGUUGAAAUGUAUCCGGGCCUCGCUGGUAAAAUAAUAAAGUGGAUCUGCGCAUGCUUGGCCCAACUCGCGAGCAGUAGCGGACGCGAUUCAGUGAAGCCUUUGGCUGGCUCGCUGCUCCUGUGUCUCGCCGAGUUCGCUGUACGGUGUGGCCCCACGUAUCUCAUGCAAGAGAAGGAGGGUGACCAGACGCUGUUGCUUAUCAUAUUUAAGGUGCUAUACGCAGUGAUGAGAGGAGCCAACACCGAUAUAGAAGGUCUGUCAUUACCUGUGGACGAGGACUUUGACCCCAACAUCCAACCUGGACAAGACAAUCUAGGCCAGAAAACGGCUCCUGCUUCCACCAUAGAUGUGAAGCUGUGGGCGCAGACGAUCUGCACGCAACUAGUGCUGUUCCUCGGCCACUGGCCUCUGUGGAGCAGCUGCCAGCUCUCGUGCGGCGUGGGCGAGCAGCACGACAGCUCGCCGCCGCUCGGGCCCGAGCUGGGCGCCGCCGUGCUGUCCGCGCCGCACAUCCAGCUGCUGCGGCUCAGCGACGCCACGCUCGCCUCGCUGGUCGAGCUGCCGGCGCUGCCGCCGCCUCCGCCCGCGCCCGGUCUAGCGACAUCAGAUCGUCAGGUGCGCGUUCUACUCCGCGACAUCGCGGGAAAGGCGUGCUGGGACGCCUCAGCAUUGUACUACGAUCCUACCUACAGCGCGGAACAAGAACCCGAACCGUUGCCUUUACCUGAGAGCGUGGAGAGUCCGCGGGAUAACACGUUGUCAUCAUUGCCGCCGCCGUUACCGCCGGAUCUACUGCCAGACUACCAGAACUGUCCGCCAGAUAAACACCAGUUGGAUCAUGUGUUGGCGUAUAUCGGUCACACAUCACCAGAAGUAGUAGACGGUCGAAGGCUGGACGAGGCGGGGCCGUCUCCGCUGCCUCCGGGAGCCGAAGACGAACUGGUGGCCGCGCUGGUCGCGCACCGGAACGCCGAGCGUCACUACCUCGCCUCUAGAGACAGUGACGAGGAGCUAGAAAUACCGGAGAGAACCGACAGCGGAUCGGCGGGCCCGUUCUCGCAAUGCCGGCUGCUACUGGCGCAGUUGGGCACGCUGGCGCCGUCGAGGCGCGCGCACGCUCAGCUGCUUCGCCGCUCUGAGCGCCUGCUGCGAGAACUGCGGAAUUUGGACGCGCAGAGGUGUCGAGAGACUCACAAGGUAGCGGUGAUUUACGUGGGAAAAGGGCAGGAGACUCGCAACGAAAUUUUAUCGAACCGCUGCGGCAGCCCCGCCUACGAGGCCUUCCUGGCUGCCUUAGCGUGGGAGGUGGAGCUGGAGAGCCACGUGGGCUUCACGGGCGGGCUGCGCGGCGGCGGUGGCGCCACGGCGCCCUACGUGGCCACGCUCACGCUCGAGGCGCUCUUCCACGUCGCCACGCGCAUGCCCGCCGACACGCCCGACGCUAUACUCAACAAGACACGGCAUCUCGGCAACGACGAGGUCCACGUAGUGUGGAGCGAGCAUUGGCGAGCUUACAAGAGAGACACGCUGCCCACUCAGUUCUGCGACGUGUUGAUCGUGCUGUACCCGCUGUCGGCCGGCUUGCUGCGGGUCACCGUCUCGAGGAAGCCUUCAGUGGCGGUGUUCGGGCCGCUGUGGGAGGAGGGCCUGGUGAGCGUGGAGUGCGGCGCGGCGCUGGUGCGCGGCGCGGCAGCGGCGGGCGGGCGCGCCGUGCGGGCCACCAUGCCGCUCUACCAGCACGCCUACUCCGAGCGCGCGCGCAGCCUGCAGCAGCUCGUGCAGCACCACACGCAGCCCGCCACCUUCGAGCACUUCGUGGAGCGCGUGCGGGACCCGGUGCCCGCCGUCACCCAGCCGCAAGAGCAAAACACCGGGCGCCUAGCGGCAGCGCUGCUGGACGCGGGCGCGGCGGCGUGGGGCGGCGGCGGCGGCGGCGGGGGCGACGCCCUCACCGUGUCGCCGCGCGCCGGCAAGCGCCUUGGGCCCUUCCGCCGCCCGCCGCACCCGCCGCCCGCCGAGCCCGCGCCUGCGCCCGCCGCCGCACCCGCGCCCGCGUCCGCGUCCGCGUCCGCGCCCGCGCCCGCGCCCAGGAAGCACCGGUGAGCGGCGGCUUUGUACCACACGGUUACCUUCUGCUGAACCUGAACACCUAACCCUAGGGCCGAGAGGGCCAUGACCCGGGGCGGAAGGCUGCAAAAGGCCACAAAACAGGCUUUUUAUCCUUAAAUGAACAUUAUCAUCACUUAAUGAGGCGCGAAUCGUAUUGGCCCAGGGCGCCAAAUAUUUAAAUACGCCUCAACACCGGAACGAAGUUUCUUUGAACGUAUCGACAGAAGUACAUCCAAAUCGAAGUAACUAUUAACAGCCCUCCCUUCGACUGUUAACGACCUGCUAAAAUGGGAUCGGCGAAGAUUUACACGACUCAAAAUAAUCUGUGCGAUGUGGCUACAACAAAAUAUACAGUAAAACGACAGCUUGAGUUAAGUCUGAUGGAAGCGCCGCUACAAAAUAUGGAAGGUAGAGGUAAGGAAUGAAAUCUCUAUAGGCAGAACUGAUGCAAAAGUGUCCAGCUGUCAGCUAUAAAUAAUAGUUCUAAAACUCCAGAGUAGCUAAAAACCUAAACGUUAUUAACGCUGUCUAUGUUUUGAAAUUUUUUUUUUUCAAAUAUUCUAGGUGUUGUAGCGCCACCUAUUUAAGGUUUUAUGAUGACACACUUUUUGGUACAUGGAGAUUUCGUUCCUUACCUCCUCCUUCCAUACUACAAAGGACAGAUGAUUUUGACACUAUAUGACAUUUGACAUUUUCAAGCUUUUUAUUAUAUCCAAUGGGACUACACUAACACACUACAGUCUGUUCUUUUAUUCUGUAGACUAAAAUGACAACCACAAAUGUCAAACGUAGAAAUAAUGUGACCAGCUUAAAACAAAUAAUGCUGAUCAUUGAUUUCGGUUUGUGAAUAACCGAUAAAUAGAAAAAUAAUUUUAGAUUCAAAAUAAACAAUUAAUGAAAUCUACUCACUACAUCAUUGGAAGUAAACAAUAAAUAAAAUCUACCCACUACUAAUCCACUCAAACAUUUAAAAAUUGCAUUAUGAGCUUCGAGGUGACUGUUACAAUAAAAUCGCUUUUAAAUAUUAGAAAUAUUGUGUUUAGACCUGGAUACAAACUUUCGUCUCAAAAUGGUGUUACAUGCCUAUAUAAGUAACUCCCAAUAGUUUAUUUUUGGUCAGUACCGGUUGUAGCACAUCACUAUUUAUAAGACGUAAAAAACCAGCAACAUAUGAAAUGUCAUUUUAGUCUACGGGAUAAAAAAAUAGACUAUAAAUGAUCACCCUCACGCUUGGCCUACCAAUUUAUUAUCCAAUUAAUUAAAUCCUUUUAUAACGUUGUUAAAAGAAAUGUAUCUAAUUCUGUUUAAACAAAUCAUGUAAACUUUAGUAUUCUAAUAAGUUUUUAGCUUUAAAUUACCCUUUAUUGCUUGUACUCUCUAACAGUACUAACUUAAUGAAAUGCAUAUAAAUAGGCCAAACAACAAGUGCUCAAAAAGAGUUAUAGAGGGAAAUGCUUGGAACACAAUUUUUCACUUCAUAACUUUGUUUGGACUAGUUAGGUGGUGAACACAGCAAAAGUCCCCGGCCGUAGCCCUUGAGCCGAAGGGGAGAGGGGGGUUUGAAGACCCCAUUUUUCGGUUUUUCGAUUAUAUCUCGAAAACUAUGCAUCUUAGCGACAGGGCCACUAAUACAAAAUAAAAAUCGAUUAAAUUUUUUACAAAUUUUAUUUUGUCAAGUUUUUCAAUAUCAUAUAUAGUUUUUGAGAUAUCCACUCUUGAAAGUUUAUUUAGGGCUCUCAAUUAGUGAUACUGCUAGGCUAGGUUUAAACGUGAAGAGGAGUUUAAAGAAAAAAGGUAUUUGUUUAAAGUUUAUAAUUUUUACUUCAGAAUAGUGUCAAUGUGACACCAUAAAUGAAUUCAGCAUCCCCGAAACACUGUCUAUGACCGUAAUAUGAUAAGAUUCAUAUACUAGCCGUGUCUUAUCCAACCUCGACAUUGGCAGAAUCAUCAACACCUUGAUGGAGCCAUAACACGAAAAAUUGAUUGAUUUAUACGAACACGAUACCAAACACGGCUUAGCACUCCUAGCAGCUGCACUAAUCAAGAUAUCUCAAAAACUAUACAAGAUAUCGGAAAACUUGACUAAAUAAAACUUGUAACAAAUUUAAUCAACUUUCAUUUUGUAUACGUGACGUGAACAUGUCGCUAAGACGCAGUUUCCGAAAUAUAAUUAAAAAUAAAACGAAAAAUGGGACCUUCAAACCAACCAAAGCAUUUCCCUUUAUACCUUAUUGCUUGGCCUAAAAUUCUUUAUUAUGUUUUACUUCUAUCCUAUGUAUUUCUUGUGAAAUAGCGCUGUUAACUCUAUCCGCCGCGCAUGUUAAAAUAACUGAAAUUAUAACCGACAAUAAUGCCAAAACUUAUGCUAAACUAGGCAUAAUCAAUUGUCACAAUUUUUUACUUCUUCAACAGAGUGUCCCGACAACCUGUCCUGUGAAUAUUGCACGUUGCACUGCCAUCGAUCGUUCUGUGCCGUUUGCAUGAAACACCAAACUAUACAAGUACUUUAACUCACCUUGUUUGUAUGAAAUCGAUUGCUUUUCUUAAGGAUUACACAUGUCAAAAUGGACAAAUGCCCAAAUGCAUGUGCAAAAUCUUCACCAUCACUUAAAAACUGGACAGUUUUAAGUAAAACUAGCACUGUGAAGGUCUGUGCACACUGGAUGCGUGUGCGUUGUAAUAUACAGAUCCUUAUGAGAGACGGCACACCGCUUACACGGCUCUGCCUGAUAUUACAGGCAUGAGAAUUCAGGCCUAUAUGAUGUUAUAUUUCAUCACUACUUCGGAAAGCUCGUAUCUACAAAUUGUAGGAUAAGACGUGAGUACAUAGGAAAAGAAACUUAGGGCUGUUUUAUAGACCUCAUCUCGUUAUAAUGAGAUUUGCAAAUCGUCACCUAGGCGUACCCAUUGUAUGAGCUUAAUCUGUAUUUAUUAUCUAUUUUAAAAUAUUACAUAAUAGAUAUUUUCGAAGUAACAACGAUUUGCUAGUGUAUUGAGAUCUGUGGCACAAAAUAUAUAUUUAUUUAUUUUGCUAUAUUAUCUUUAAAUCACUGUGAUUUAAAAGGUAAUCAUUUGUGUCAAUUUUGAUGAGAUUUCUGUGAGAAAUUAAAUCAGAAUGCAAAUAUGAUUGAUCUGAUCGCCUUCAGCGGGGCCGUAGUGAGAAGACCUAUAAGGCGAAUACUUUCAUCAUUCAACGUAUGUUUUUACUUCCGCCUUGCCUUCAUAAAACCACAUAACAUCUAUAUGUGACAUUCAAAAACUCGAUUUAUUUGUUUACUACGAGUAUAUUUUCAAGUUCAAGUUUAAAACUGGUUUUUACAGUACAUAUGGGGCUACUUUAUAGCACUAGUGCGAGAAGUAGCAUAUUACGUUACUGUGUCGAACAUUUAAAGGGCCAUAUGUACUGUAAAACGUUGUACGAUACAUGUGCGAAUAGGUAAUUCGCAACUCAUGUCGAUUUAAAACACUCCCUUCGGUCGUGUUUUAAUUUAUCGCCACUCGUUUCGAAUUUCCUAUUUUUCGCACUUGUAUCGUAAUGUACUAUUUCAUGUCACAUGUUAAUGCGACCCUGUCGCCGAGGCGCUCAAAUCAAGUAGUGUUUGUAUUAUGCAUGCCUCGAGAUAAUAAAAUGUAUUAAACAAUAAAAUAAAGAUUCUGCUUAAAACUGUUCUGAAACUAAAAGUUGAAAAUCAUUUUAGUGAUUUUAUUCGUCCAAUAAGAGAUUAGUAGUAUUGCAGACUUAAUGAAUUUUUCAUGUACUUAAUUAAUUAUAAGCUUAAGAAGUGUAUCUCGCAUUUAAAUAUGUAGUGUUGAUGUUUGUAAAAUAUUUUUCAUGUAUUCAAAUUCGUCACAAAUAUUUGUGACAUAUUUAACAAACAUUUAACAUUCCAUUGACGUUCUCUGUAUAUAAUGUACACUAGUUGUAGAGCUUUAACGUUUCUAUUCUAGGAAUUUAUUAUUUAUGUUUACUAAUUUUACUUUUAAUUUGCACAUUAGAGUUACGUACUUGACGAAAAUUAUGUUAUUUAUUUAUGGAACAUUUAACUGAUUUCUCUUUUUAAAGGUAUUAAAAUGGAGCACAUGUUGUUUUGAGUUUAUGCAUGAGUUAACUGAUAGCGCUUUCUCCUCAAGUACCAAAAGGCGCAGCUGUGAAUUCCUCAAAACUUUUACGGACACAUUUGAUAUAUAGUACUAACGAAAAUUGCUUUACUGAAAUGUCCUUCUACGGUCUCUUUCCCGUCUAUGCUGCCUUAAAUAGUAGAUUUCCGAACAACGAACCUCCACCGCCUAACACUGAUAAUUUUUGAGGCUACUCUGCCUGAUAUCUGUUGUAUUAUUAUUUAUAGUAUUAUGUUAUUCACAUUGUUUUACAUCUAUUAAAAUUAUUGUAACUCUUUCUAGUUUACCAUCUAAUGCUUCGUGAAUUUUGACUAAUCUCUAAGAAUAUCUAGGUAUGGCUUUCAGUAUGUUCUUUUGGCUUGUGAGAAAUUUUUUGGUAUGUUGUUAUUUUUGUACUAGAUGUUGUCAUUGGUGCUUUUAUUACAAAAAAUCUAAAACUACAUUCCGCACUAGGUAGCUUGUCUUAUAAUAUGGAAAUGCUAAAAUAUAAGGAAUAAAAUAUUGUUUAUGUCGACUUAUUUAUCUGUGAAUCUGUAUAUAUUUCAUUGCUUCAUAUUGCUUGCAUUUACUUCACACACAGUUAGCCUCAGUUAAUUGAUGUAUAAUUUAACAGAAAGCAUUCCAUCUCAAAUAUCUAGUGUCUGUUCUUACCCUGUACUUUCCACUUACCUAAUUUUAAUCAGUAUUUUUAUAGAUGUUAAGACUGACACAAGAUUAUGUAUUGUAUUGAAAUCACUAAGUAUUAAUUUAAAUUGUUAUUUACAUUAUUUAAAAUGUGGUGGUUAUUACACUGUUAAAAUUAUAACUAAUUUAUUAUUAUCAUUGAAUUCCCGAAUUCAAUACUUGUCACGUAAUUUAGAAGAAAUAAGUAUUCAAGAUAUUAACCCACAGACAUUAUGUAUGGUAACCAACAUUUUUAUAUUUAACGCAAUGUAAAAAUAAAGUUUUUGUUAAACU